AUGCCCGUCCAAUUACUUCCAGCCUCCGCCGCCGCUUUCGCCCCCAGAUCAGCCUCCGUCAACGUCGUCUUGGGUUCCAAGGUCGAUUCUUGGCUCACCCUGACCCUCAAGCGCAUCAACCGUGUUAAGCGCCCGCUAAAUUCAGUCUCCCAGCACCAAAGAUGCCUUGCCGAGACCCUCGCCAAUAAGAACGCCAUAUGGACUCUCGCCUCCAUCAUGCUCCCCAAGCUCCCCGAGGCCGACAUGCCCACCGACUACUCCGAGAACCUCUUCAGCCACCAGCUCGUACAUAUUGAGGCUUACAUCGUUCACGUCGACAUGGUCCUUCGCAACGAGGUCGCCUACAAGCUCACCACCGACACCAUCGACGCCCUCGUCGAAUACCACAAGGAGGUCCACUGCGUCGAUGUCAAGGCAAACUCGUCCGACUGGUCUGGAAAGGAGCAGCAGUGCAAGAAACUGCACGAAGACUUCGUGCAAGCCAUCAACAAAUUCGUCUACCACACCCAUGUCACUGCCCUCGAAGGCCUCGAGGAGGACGGCGCCGGCGAGCUUCUUUGCGGCAAAAGCGAGGAGGUCAGGAACAACCUCAUGAAUCUCAUGAAGAACCUUGUUCCCCCUCCUCCUCGCGUCGUCGAGAUUGUUCGUCAACCCACGCUGCUACCCAGCUCACCCAUGAACAACCUCUGGGGACAAGCCGUCUCCAUGCCUCCUCCGGUCGACGCCUGGAAUGUUCUCCCUUCGAGUCCCAGCGUCGCCUCGACUGUCGAAGCGACCACGCCGGUCUGGCACAACAUGCACAUGCAGCAACAACGCUCCUCAGAUGACUGCUCCGAUCUCUGCUGUGCCGCUGCCAAGCAUUUACGAAUCGAAUACGCUACCACUUUUACGAAUGCCACGCAACACGACCGCAUUUGGAAGUUGACCAACGACACAUCGAUUCAACGCACUUGUUGGGGUCGGUUAGACUGGCUCUCACCCCCACUCAACAUUCUGGCCGUCACGGAAGCAAUGAACCGUAACCACGCCGGGAUGACUGGAUCAUCUCCGCGCACAAGGCACCGGAUGCCGACGGGAUCACGCACGCUCACCAUCAGGAUGGAUGAGUUUGUGCAAUGUGGUAGCAAGAUGCCGCACAGCCCUGGGCCGGACUUGACCCGGUCUGGCGCCUGUGUUGCAAGAACAUUCGCAAUCCACACAGAAUUGAGAUGCUGGAGCUUUAUAAUAACAAAGGCGGGUGGCAGUAGUGUCGUGGUAGACCACGCACUCAUCAAGAGCGACCCUCGCGAGCAAGCUGGUAUUCUUGGCUAG